AUGAAUUUCCAAUCGAAAGGCUCGAAAUUAUGUCUCCAACGACAGACCCCAUUGGCAACACAACGACGUACUCGGACCAUGACAAAGACCAUACGAUUCACUGGUUUAGCACAUCUCAAUCAGGAGGAUGAAUCAUAUUCAACUCGAGAUUCAUCCACUUCCCUUCAUUUAUCGACUAGUCUCAAUCCUUGUCCUCAUCAUCAUCAACAACAUGUUCAACAACAUGAAAAGAUCAAAAACACACUCAAAAUAUAUAAAGGACCAGCUCGUAAUGCUCAUUCUCUCUUUCAAUCAUCCUCCUUUCUUCAAAAACAUGCCUCUCAUUACACUGAAAUUGAUUGGAUCAAGACACCCAUGGUCGAUUGUGCAUUAUUGAAUCAUUCAAAAUAUUUCACAUCAGUGAAUGAAUUUAGAAAUUAUUUAUAUGAUGAGAAUAUGUCAUGUGUGAUUCCAAUGUAUAAACCUAGAGGAAUCUCUUCACAAUCAUUUAUUAUUGAAUUUAAAAAGAAAUUUGAUUUGGAUAAACGAAUGAGAAUUGGACAUUCUGGUAGUUUGGAUCCAUCUGCAUAUGGAUUAUUAAUUUUAGGAGUGAAUGGACAAGGAACAAAAGCAUUAAAUUAUAUUCCAGAUUCUAAUUGCAAGGAUUAUGAAUUUGUCAUUCAAUGUGGUUCUUGUACUCCAUCCUAUGACUCUGAUACGAUCCAAUUUGCUAAUCAUUGUUCAAAUUAUAAAUAUUUCUUUGAUAAGAAUUGUCAAAGUAUUGAACAAGUGAAUGAAAAGAUUCAAAAGUAUUUGAACGAGAGAAAUAAUCAUUUAAUUCAAACCACUCCUGUUUUUAGUGCUGUAAAAAAGGGAGGGAAAAGAUUGCAACGUAUGGACAUCAAACAUUAG